CGUUUCCACGGGAUGGAAAGAGCCCCUGGAAAGCCAGAGCCAGCCCCUCCCUGUUCAGUGUUGACGACUGACAGGCAAAGCAGGGAACGCCUGAGCAGCCUGCAGUGGAAAGUUGGAGCCAUGGUGUGCGGCAGGCGGGUACAGGAGCAGAGAGCAGCUGGGGAGAGUAAGACUCCGAGGAUGUGGUGGGGCAUGGCGGGGAAAAUGCGGUUCCUGGCUUGGCUGAUGGUAGCCAUUGUCCUCCUCCCUGGGAUGACUACAACCCAGCACCAUGCAGGGCAGCCCAUGAACAGCAGCAGCGUGGGAGGUGGCCUGCAGGAGCCAGAGGCCCCGGAAGUGAUGUUUGAGCUUCUCUGGGCUGGGCUGGAGCUGGAUGUCAUGGGACAGCUGCACCUCCAGGACGAGGAACUGGCAUCCACACAUCCAGGCCGCCGACUCCGGCUCCUCCUGCAGCGCCACGUGCCUAGUGACUGGCAGGGUGCUGAGCGGCGGCUGCAGCAAUUCCACGACUUGCGGACGGGGCCUCCUCUAAGCCCUUGGGACUUUGAAAAUCUGCUCCUCACGGGGCUAUCCUGUGUCUAUCGGCUCCACAAGGCUUUGGAGGCUGAGGAGAGGGGUCGCUGGGCCCAGGUCUUUGCCCUCCUGGCACAGGAAACACUCUGGGACCUGUGCAAAGGCUUCUGCCCCCAGGGCCAGCCUCCUCCUUUGGGGCCCUGGGCCUCAAUCCUUGACCCCUUUCCCUGACCCUCCCCUUUCCCCUGCCAGCCCCCAAUCCCCAUGCCCAAGCCAGACCCAUCCUGAGCACAGACUUCCAUCUGGUACCUGGUUCUUUCCCCUGUGUUCAGGUCUCUGGGCUUGGCUUGUACCCUGGAUCCCCAUUUACCUCUCCCUCUUUAUCUUUCCUGGGUCCUGAAGAUUAAGAGCCUGGGCCCUGGGUCCUGGGUGGCAGGUACUGAGUUAAAGGCAGAACUUGCAGGGAGUGUGUGUGUGUGUGUGUGUGUGUGUUGGGGUCAGGACUGAGAAGUGUGUUUGAGAUGCUGAAAGGGAAGCUGCCCCUGAGUACAGUAGGUCAGACCCUCCAACCCCUACCCCGGCAGUCCACAAAAGCAGCAGAAGCCUUCCAGGAGCCCAGCACCGUCCUAAUUUGGACACCCCUGUGAGCCCAACCACUGCUCUGGGGUCCCUGAACCUCAGAGUGCCCGCUUUGGGCUGGAAGAAUAGACUGGACAUUUUCAAUUUGGUCUGUUGGGCACGUGAAGGGAAGCAGGUGGGGAAAUACAUAUUUGGGAGGGACAGGGGAUGUUUUUUGGUCCA